UUAUUAUGUUUUUAGAUAUAUUACGGAAAUGAAAACAAGCGUAGCUUUUCAUAUGUCCAGAAGGAGAAAGAGAUUUUGAAAGCCAUCCAAUGGAUUUCCAGAGCGUUUUGGUAGCAGCAUUGUUGGCGUUGACUUUGAUCCAUGGCCUCAGAUUAUUAGCAAAGAGAAGCAGUAAUGGCAAGAAACUUCCCCCGGGGCCAUUUCCAUUCCCGGUGUUCGGAAACCUUCAUUUGCUCGGGAACAAACCCCACGUCUCCAUAUCCCGGCUAGCCGGAAAAUAUGGUCCAGUUAUGACGCUAAAACUGGGCAUGAUAAACACAGUGGUCAUUUCCUCACCCGCCAUGGCCAAAGAAGCUCUACAGAAGCAAGACUUAGCCUUCUCUACCCGGUUACCCCCUGAUGCUUUUCGAGCUAACAACCACUGCCAAUUCUCUGUUGUUUGGCUCCCCGUUGCGUCCAAGUGGAGAGCCCUUCGAAAGAUCAUGAAUACCAACAUCUUUUCCGUCAACAAGCUCGAUACCAACGAGCAGCUGAGAGCUAAAAAGAUCCAAGAACUUAUUGUGUAUUGCCAAAAGAACAGCGAGGUAGGGGAAGCGGUGGAUAUUGGGCGUGCAGCUUUCAGGACUACCCUCAAUUUGCUGUCAAACACCAUUUUCUCCAAAGAUUUAACCGACCCUUAUUCCGAUUCUGCCAAAGAAUUCAGGGAUUUGGUGUGGAAUAUGAUGCUGGAAGCUGGAAAGCCUAACCUGGUUGACUACUUUCCCUUUCUUGAAAAGUUUGAUCCCCAGGGUAUACGCCGCCAGAUGUCUGGUUAUUUCACUAAGAUGUUCGACCUUUUUCAAGAUUUGAUUGAUGAACGGCUGGAGGAGAGGAAAGUGAAAGGAAACAGAAGUGAUGAUGUAUUAGAUUCACUUCUCAACAUCAGCCAAGAAAGGCCAGAAGAAAUUGAUAGGACUCACAUUCUGCGCAUGCUCAUGGACUUGUUUGCUGCGGGAACUGAUACAUCAUCAAGCACAUUAGAGUGGGCAAUGACAGAACUUCUUAAGAAUCCAGAGGUUAUGGCGAAAGUUCAAGUGGAGCUUGCUGAUGUUAUUGGUAAAGGCAAGUUACUACAUGAAAGUGAUGUUACUCAUCUGCCUUACUUGCAAUGCGUCAUUAAAGAAACCUUUAGAAUACACCCACCGGUUUCAAUGAUUCAACGUAAAGUUGAUCAUGAAGUGAACCUAUGUGGAUAUACUAUUCCCAAGGACUCACAAAUUCUAAUUAAUGUAUGGGCCAUUGGGCGUGACCCUAAAAUUUGGGAGAACCCGUUGGUCUUUAACCCAGAGAGGUUUUGGAAUUUAGAAAUGGACUUCAAAGGGCAGGAUUUUGAACUCAUUCCAUUUGGUGUUGGUAGAAGGAUUUGUCCCAGAUUGUCAAUGGCAGUAAGGACAAUUCCGGUAAUGUUAGGAUCAUUAGUAAACUCAUUCAAGUGGAAGCUUGAGGGUGACAUUGCACCUAAAGAUUUGGACAUGGAGGAAAAGUUCGGCUUCACAAUGGCUAAAGGUUGUCCUCUUAGAGCCAUUCCUAUCUCCUUUUAACAUAAUAUCACUGUUCCGUAGCAGAUAUUUGCUAUUCCAAAUAAACUAAACGAAUAAUAUAGUGUACUCUAGAGUUGUAUGAUUUAGGCAUAUAUAUUACACUGUCAUAGUACAUAGGAUUGCAAAAGAACUACCUUACACUACAAGAAAAAUCACAAAUCAGGAUGAAAUCACGGUGACGGAAUUUUGUGUUUUCGCGACAAAAUUCUUCCAUCACGAAUCGUGAUUUCUCUUAUAAUGUUAAGUGUUUGUUUAGUAUUUGAGUGUAAGUUUUUUUAACAUUCUAUUUUUAAAUAUUUAUGGGAAUUUCAUUUUAUUGUUGAUCA